CUGGGAGUAAAAAAAAAAUUUCCUGUUCUGAGUCCUACUCUCACAUUGGGUGUUGCCUGGCUUGAUUGUUGCAGUAGAAAUAAUUGAGUUCAUAACCUCAGAGACCUUUAGCCUCAAGAUGAAAUCGUCUUUUAUGUAACUUCAGUGUCUUUUUUCAACCCCCCACUUUAGAGAGCACUAGUUCUGCUUGUGACUCGCUGGUUCUGUUUGUAAUUCCCUUUUGCAUCCCAGCUCUGCAGAGCAGAGUGACACUGCAGACCAAGUGACACAAAUCCUAUAGCUGAGCUCAGCAGCACCAUGUGGCACGUGGCUGGCACCUAAUCUCCUGUUUUCCUGGUGUUUAUUUGUCAGCCUGCAGUUUGCAGCUGUGGAACGUUCUGCUGUUUGAAACAGCGUGCUGAGAAUGGGGACAGUUGGCUGGAGAAGCUGCAGCCAAACACUCACGUGAGGAAAAAGUGAAAAGAGGAUUUUUGAGCUGCUCAUGAAAACAGGAGAGCUCAUCUGCACUGACCGGCUCACAUAUUACUGUAAUCCUCUCUUGUGCAGAGUGGGAACCUGAGAAGAGGCUUGGCAGGACUGGGGCAGAGCUUCUAAUAUCUGAUUAUGACUGAAUGAAAGUGAAAUUUCAGCGUGUGCCAGCUUGUAGAAUUUACUGUCACAGAAACAGGAAGUUUCCAGGAGGAGGUAAUUGAAGAGCACACUCUAAGGAGAAAUAAGAAUGGAGGAUCUAAAGCUGAUUGUUGAUUAAUUUAAAAGAAACAAGGAUUGUGCAGCCUAAGGUACUGGAGUGAUCUCUUUGCAGGCACACAGUGUGUGAAGGCAGCAGAUGAAGUCUGUUAUCCUUCCUGGAAUGUACUGACUUUGUUUCCAGAUUACAUCCAAUAUCAUGGAAGGACAUUAAAUAGAAAUUGCUUUUGCAUCUAGUAAAGCCUUUAAAGCAGUAAGCCAAGCUGAAUACUGGAAUCUAAGUAAUUCCUCAUGGCCACAAAUUGAACUAAGCAGUCUCCUGUGGAUGCAUCAAAACCACAAGUCAUGAAGCCAUCUGAAACUAGGUCUGCACCAACAACCAAAGCAGGAUCUGAAAAAAACGCGCAAUCAGACAAGCCAACAGACUCUCAAAAUGAACAGCUGUCUGAAGAGAAGCAAAAGGAACCCAGUGAUGGAAAAAAACAAACCACACCUACUGUGACAACAGCUUCUAAACCAAAUGACACAGGAGAAGUAACUACAACUCAGGCUGACCAGCCUCCACCUGCAACCUCCACAGAGACAGCAAAGCAAAAGUCCAAGGAAGUGUCCACAGUGGCUGGUGCAGCUGCUGGAACAGGCACAGCUGGUGCAAUUGUGGUUGCUGCUGCUGACAAAUCAAGUACUGAGCCUGGUAUGGAUGAGUCAGCUCUUGACAGCUUAAUAGAUACCCUUGGUGGACCUGAGGAAGAUAUGCCUACUACUCCUGUUUAUACUGGCCCAGAAAUUACGGAAGAUAUAUAUUCAAGAUACUUGGAAGAAAUGGGCAAACGGGAAGGUAGUCUCCCUCCAGAGUAUGUUAAACUGUUGAAGAGCAAAGGAUAUGGCAAAGAUGUCCCACCGAAAUCAAAUGAGCAAGAUGAAAAGCCAAUGACAGAUGAGGAGCUUGCAGAGGCCCUGUCAUCUGACUUCACCUGCAGUGCUGCUUCUGCUCAGGAGAAGAAGACAAGUGUGACAGAGGAACCAAAUAAAGAAGGAGAAAUUGUGCAAGCACAAGCAGCGAGUUCAGUUAAGACCUCCGUUCCUCCUAAGGAGAAGAAAACAAAAUCAAAAGAGGAAAUGAAAGAUGAUGCAAUGGAUGCUCUUCUUGAUACUCUUGGAGGACCUGAACCUGAACCUGAAGAAGAUCCUACCCCUGUUGUAGAAGUGUCAGAGGCAAAAGCCAAAGAGAAAAAGGAACAAAAAGCUGGAGAACGUGAUGAUACAAUACCUCCAGAGUACAGGUUAACACCAGAGCUGGAUAAAGAUGGAAAACCAAUAUUGCCGAAGCCUGAAGAAAAACCAAAGCCUUUGAAUGAAUCUGAUCUUGUUGAUGAAUUUUCAAAGGACUUUGCCUGCCCUGCACAGCCUGCAGUUCAACCCAAAGUACCAAAGACUUGCAACACAUCCAAAAAGCCGUCGGGUUCUGUGACUGCAAAGGCCACUGAGGAUCAAGUGGUCCCUCGUGCCACAGCUUGCACUGUGCAGUCUGCAGCUCCUGUGUCCUCAGUUGCUCCUGUGUCAGAUGAAGCACUGGAAGCCUUGUCCAGUAGCCUAGGAAAGAGGGAGCCUGAUCCAGAGGAGAAGAAGCCUGCUGUGGACAAAGUUAAGGAGAAAACCAAAAAGAAACAACACAAAAAACUGGGUGAAGAAGAAGAAUCAAUUCCUCCAGAGUACCGAUUAACAGAAGCCAAAGAUAAAGAUGGAAAACCACUCCUACCAAAACCAGAAGAGAAGUCACAGCCUAUGAGUGAAAAUGAGCUUUUAGAGGGUUUGACAGAAGGGUUUUCCUGUUCUCCAUCUCCACCUGCACCACUACCUGCAUCAACUGUACCAAAGAAAGCCAAGGAUGGUGUCAAGCCUGCAAGUUCCUCGGAUGUGAUCUCUGCUGCUACGGUUUCCUCAGUGCACUCAGCAGCUCCUGCACCUUCUACCUCUGGAGGAAAAGAGAUGGAUGAAGCCUUGGAUCUCCUGUCUGAUUCCCUGGGACAGAGGGAACCUGACCCUGAUGAAAACAAACCAGUUGUGGAUAAAGUGAAGGAAAAGGCUAAAUCUGAACACAGAGACAAACUUGGAGAGAGAGAUGAAACAAUCCCACCUGACUAUCGAAAACUUUUGGAGUCAGGUGAGCAGAGUAAACCAGCAAAGCCAACAGCAAAGGAUGACAUGAAACACAAAGGAAAGAAGAAACCUACGGAUGACAGUGCAGCUAUUGAUGCCUUAUCAGGUGACUUUGAUACUUGUGCAAAGGCUCCUGCUACACCCCAGCACUCAAAGUGUAGGACAAAAGUGGAAAGGAAGCUACGACCACUAAACCAAGCUCAAAGGAUAAAGGAAAGCCCAGAGACCCUAAAACGGCAAAGGGACAGUCCUCCAGCAGCAAAUCUGAGAAGCAGAAAACAAGCUAAACGUUAACCUUAUCAGGAUCCUGCUGCAUCAUGUAAAAUGUCUUCUUUCUCUGGAUGGAUGAUUAUUCUUGAAGAACAAAAGCUGAUGCCAAAAGCACAUAGUUAUUCUGGGUGGUUUUUGUACAGUGAUACUUGCUGGACUUCUCAUCUUUUCUUUUUUCCCAGUAGUAGACUCAGGUGGUUUGUUUCUUUCCCCCAGCAAUUCAGUUUAUUAAGACUCAUAUAGUCUGACGUUAUUGUAAUUUCCUUCAGCAUUCAGGGGGAAAGAAUGCUUUCUAUUUGCAGGAAAUAUAUUGCAUCAAUGAAGAGCUAUGCCAAAAAAAAAAAAAAAAGAAAAAAAAAUCUGCAGACUUUUGCACAUAAUCUCCACAUAGUGCCUGUAAAUCUCUGAGGACUUCAUAUGUGCUAGCAUUUUUUUAACUUUGCAGUGAAUGCAUUAAGUAUUCUGGAAUAUGGUGAGCUUUAGUUACCCUCAACUGGGCUGUGCAGCAUUCUGCUCAGGCAGUUCCUGAUGGGAAGCUGUAGGCCAGCUGUGGGGUGGCUAAAGAAUGAGAAACUGGGGAUGAGCCUCUUCUUCCAGCACGUCUGGACAUCAAGCAGGUAUUUGGGAUGCUGCCUUUAGCCGUAGUUAAAACACACUAGGGCAGGACUUUUUUUUUUUUAAUUAUUACCAUUAUUUCCAAUUGUAUCUGUACUGUUAUCUCAUAAUUUCAGGAGUCUCCUGGACUGGACAAAUAACAAAUGUAACAGCUACCAACACGCAACAAGGGUGGGGAAGGAAAGGAGGGGCAGAAGCCUCAGCAGCGAUCAAAGCUCAGGUCCAGGGGUGGCUCCUUUUUAUCUUAUUUUGCACUGUUUCUAGUCCUCCUGUUCCUGCAGGGAACACAGGGAUGGGGCUGAAGGUGAUGCUGCAGAGAACAAAGCCCCGUUUCUCCUGUUCCCUGCCAGGACAGGCACGGCCAGGUGCCUCUCAUGGGUCGGCUGCUGCAGCCCUGGGCACCUCCGUGGGUUUUCCUCUGCCUCCCUGCCCUGCAGAACGUCUCUUCUGCACAUCCUGGCAUGUGCACAGCUCUGCCUUGGGCUGGCAGAGGGAGGACGCUGGCAGCAGAGCCCGGGGUCUGCAGGCAGGGACGGUGCAGGGACUGAAGUUGGGGAUAUUUAGACUCGUGACUGUACUUGCAGUCUGCACCGUGCCACUCCAAUAAAGUUUUUAAGGAUGCACUGUGCC